AUGACACUCUGUCAGGCAGAGGGAGAGUGUGGACCUGUCCUGUACCAGAGCUUUAAACUCUGUCGCUCUUGUGGACUUUCUUCUGACACUUUCUGGAGGAGGAAUCAGUUUAUCUGUGUCAACUAAAGGAAACUAUUUUAAGCAUCUGAAGGAAGCAUUUCAUUUCUUGGGACAGAGUAUCUCAGCUGUGGCCCUGCUGCAUUGUGCAUGCAUGGAGACUGACUGGUGGAGGCUUUCUGUCGUAUCCUGAGGUCACAAUCCAUCGUUUCAAACCAGCAUCAUUCUCUGCUGCCCAGAAGGAGCGCAGAGGCCGGACGUUCAAGAAGCCUGAAACUGCAGGAAGAGAAGUAAAAUAAACACGGCUUUUUAAAGACGCUCUUCAUGAAUUCAUGAAAACCUGAAAGGCAAACACUGCAAGUUGGCUGGCAGUCCUGAGGGGAGGAGGCAUGAGGACACUGAGUAUGGCUUGGCUCUGUCUCCCGGCCUACAUUGUCCUCCUUGUUGGUUGCCUUCACACAGCGGUCACAGAAAACGAUGUCACUCCUCGUCUCUCCUUCUCCUACAAUGCAAAGGAGAGGACAACCAGAAGUUUCUCGGUCAGCGGGGUCUUGAACUACACAUCCCUUCUCCUCAGUAAAGAGGACAACAUGCUUUACAUCGGCGCUCGGGAGAUUCUUUUUGCUCUCAACCUCUCUGAUAUCAGUGCAGUCAGGCUACAACGAAAUCUGACAUGGAAAACUACGCAAAAUAAGAGAGAUGAGUGCAGUUUCAAAGGCAAAGAUCUGAAGACGGAUUGCUUCAAUUACAUCAAGAUUCUACUACGGUUGAACAGCACUCAUCUGUAUGUAUGUGGAACAUACGCCUUCAGCCCCACCUGUGCUUACAUUAACACUGCAGACUUCUCCCUUGUAAAGAGUGACUCUGGUGAGAUUGUGACAGAGGACGGACGAAGCCGCUGCCCGUUCAACCCUGAAUACAAGUCCACCGCCAUCAUGGCUGAUGGAGAGCUGUAUGCUGGUACAGUCAGUAAUUUUCAAGGAAAUGAACCCAUUAUAUACAAGAGUCUCAGCCAAGGAACUGCUCUCAAAACAGAAAAUUCACUCAACUGGCUCCAAGACCCGGCCUUUGUUGGCUCUGCCUACAUACAGGAGAGCCUGCCCAAGGGCAACCUAGUGGGCGAUGACGAUAAGAUUUACUUCUUCUUCAGUGAAGCAGGAAAGGAGUUUGAUUUCUUUGACAACACCAUUGUGUCACGCAUUGCUCGCGUGUGUAAGGGGGAUGUAGGAGGUGAGAGGGUUCUGCAGAAGAAAUUUACGACCUUCCUAAAGGCUCAACUCCUGUGCUCUCUGCCUGAUGAUGGCUUCCCCUUCAACAUAAUCCAAGACAUGUUUGUGCUAACACCAAGCCCCGAGGACUGGAAGAACGCUGUGUUUUAUGGAGUCUUUACAUCCCAGUGGUACAAAGGUGCUUCAGGUAGCUCUGCAGUGUGCUCCUUCACUAUGGAACAAGUUGAAAAGGCGUUCGGCGGGCGAUACCGGGAGGUGAACAGAGAGACUCAGCAGUGGUACACGUACAACCACCCUGUGCCAGAGCCCCGACCUGGAGUGUGUAUCACAAAUGCUCUCAGGGAGCAGGGCAUCUCCUCCUCGCUGCACAUGCCAGACAAGGUACUGAACUUUGUGAAAGACCACUUCCUGAUGGACAGCGUAAUCCGCAGCCCUCCUCUCCUUGUGAAACGUAACGUUCGCUACACGCAAAUCGCCGUUCAUCGAGUCAAGACUGCAAAAAAAGCAUACCAUGUGCUUUUCAUUGGCACAGAUGAUGGGAGGCUCCAUAAAGCGAUUAACGUCAAAAGCAAGAUGCACAUUAUCGAGGAGAUGGUGCUCUUCCGCAACUCCCAACCUGUGCAACACAUCGAGCUGGACACUGAAAAGGGUCGGCUUUAUGUCUCCUCUUUCUCUGAACUGGUGGAGGUCCCAGUAGCUAACUGCACAAACUAUCAGAGCUGCGGGGAGUGCAUCCUCUCCAGGGAUCCUUACUGUGCUUGGAACGGGAGGCAGUGUGUGGAUGUCAGACUGGCUGCUUCAAGCAAUGCCUGGCAGCAGGAUGUAGAUGAAGCAGACACAUCAGCUAUUUGCAACAAAACAGUGCCGAGCCCACGGCUUGCGAAACCUCCACCUACACGUGUGUCUGCGUGCCAGGCGAUCAUUAUACCAGCCAACACUUUCAGAGUACUGCCUUGCAAGCUGCGAUCUAAUUUGGCUGAAAGGAGGUGGGAGUUCAGUGAGAGUACAGGUCACUUCCAUUACCCCAGCCCAGAGGGGGGGCUAGUGGUGGUAGCUCAGGCCGACAGGCAGGAAACCUACGAGUGCUGGUCGGUGGAGGAAGGUUUCAAGCAGCUUUUGGCAAACUACUGCGUGAGGGGCGAGGUCAGGCAGGAGAGCACCACUCUGACGGGCCGCUCGCGUACGCCACUGAUAUCCCAGGAGGAGUUCAUCAUCCUGCCAGGAGAAGCCCGCUCACCACAGAUCAACACUAAGACCUACUGGAACGAGCUGAUAGUGGUUUGUGCCCUGCUGGCGUUUUCUUUGCUUGUCUUCUCUCUGUUCGUGGUCUACAGGCAUCGAGACCACAUGAAGUCCAUACUCAAGGAGGGAGAGUGCCCCAACAUGCAGCAAAAGAAGCCAAGAUUAGUGGGGGGGAAACCAGCUGAAAACUUGCCGCUUAACGGCAAUGCAGUCACAGCAUCAGUGUCAGACCACAAGGGCUACCAGACCCUUAAUGACAACUACAUCUGCAGCACUCCACCGCACGAGUGCUCGUCGCCUGACAACAGCAAGAGCUUCUCCGAGUCGGAGAAGAGGCCUCUGAACUUAAAAGAGAGCCAUGUAGAGAUCUCUCCCACGUGCCCGCGGCCACGAGUCAGACUGGGCUCUGAGAUUAAAGACUCAAUAGUGUGAGACGGGCUUCAUGUUACAUGGAGUGACUCAUUUUAAUCUGAAAGGAAGGAGUGCACUUUCUGAAGCAAGCCUGAAAGAGGGGAAACAGAGAAACAUCAGACUCUUCAUGGAGAGAGAUUUCAUUAUACAGAUUUUGCACUUUUUUUGUUCUGUUUCUGUGGUCCAUGUUCAUUUCUUUUUAUUUCGCUUUCACUCCCCCCUUAUUCGAGUGCAUUUGAGGCACACUGAAGAAGUUCCAGUUUGCCUUCAAACUUUUUUCACGCACGGCUCACAGGAAUGUAUCAAGCGUGAGGCGUAAGGUAUCCUGACCAUGAUAUAGUGACGGAAUUUCACAGCAUUGCCAAUCGGUCCGUCCAAAAACAUCUACCGGCAGUGCUCUGAAAGACAGAAUAAUACUCAGACUUGUUUCCACUAUCGGCUGACGCAGUGUUUGCUGUGUUAUUUCCCUUCUGUCGUAUGGUUAGAGCCUACCCUUUGCUGAGGCUAUGCACUAUGUACUGUUCCGUAGCAAAGUAAACACUCACACCAGAAUAUACAAUUCAAUCCAGUGGCAGGCAAUACAGAAAAAAAAUGUCCUGUCAUAGGAUUUUUAGAUAGCCUGCGUGCAUUCACAGAUAUAUACUCAUUGUUUAAGCUUGAAUAUAACACAGCAACAGAGAAAGAAGUCAUUGGAAAAGAACAUUUAGCGAAAGAAAACACAAACAAGUACUCACCUCAGUGAAAAUGUUGAAGAACUCUAACCACUACAAUCACUGCACACCAAAAAAAAUAUGUAGUUGUUAAUGAAGACAGUUUUGUUUCAAGUAUUGAUAUUAUUAACUGGUACAAAUAUUCUUCUGUGUAAGCCUGACUUUUUUACAGGGUUUUCAGUCACCAAACGUACUAAAGGGAAAAAAUCUCAUUCCAGGUAUUGUCAUGCUCUUCAUGAGACAGGCAGUCUAUGCAAAGCAAACAAUGUGAAGUGAGGGUAAACACCACGACAGCUUCAACUCGAGACUGAGAAAAGCUCAAAGGUGUUACCUUUUAGAAUCAGCGGCACACCCACACACACUCAUGAUACUAACUCUAAGUAUGCAAGAGAUUUUAGCCAUUUUGGGGUGUUUAUGGAAGGAGGAUUGGCCAGAUGUUUCUUUUACAGAGAGACAUUUUUCAUUGUCAUUCUUUAAUGUUUUAUGUAUGCAUCACUUUUUUUUCAAAGGGAAGACAUCAUUAACAUUUCAAUUGUGCAUCAUAAUUUGACAUAUUAAAGAACAUCCAUUAGCCUCAACUUUGAUAAACACAAGAAUUGAGUGUUAAAGAAUGAAAGUAAAGCCCUCUGGUCUUAAAGGCAACCAUAAAGGCAAUAAUUAUCAUUCUCAACCAUUAAAAAACAUUAUUCAUUAUUCAUAAAUCAGUGAUAAUAAAGCAUAAAGUCCACCAGAUUCAUGAGUAACUUUAAAGCAUUUUUCAUUACAUUGAAUAUUAUCUAAGUCUAAUUUGAGUUUGGCUCUGAUGUUGUAAUGCAACCUGCAAAAUUUUAAAUUCACAAACAUGCAUGGAGGCAUACUGCGUGACUCAGAAUGCACUGGAUUUGCACAUGAUGCUGAAAAGCCUUAGUAUAAUGAAGGUCCUGGAUUUGAUAACAAGUCUGCCUUGAGGUGAAUGAAUAAUGCCUUCUGAACUAAUAAUCAAGUGAUGUGCCUCUAGGGAUAAUAAAACUAACCAGGUAGUAGUGCUGUUGGGUCAAACACUACACUUCAGGUGUGACAGGACUGCUCAUGCUCAGAGACAACAGUGGGAUACAUGUGAUCGAAUUCUGUAAAAAUGGUUAAGUAUGUGCUUAUGAGGUGUUUCAUUUUAUUUGUGUUAUGGUGGCUUCAACAUCUGUCAGGGACGACAUUUUACUCUAAAAAUGUAGCACAUAAAGAAUCACUGGCUUAUUUGUUUUAAUACUUAAUUAAAGAAAAGCAAAAGUAUUAUGUUACAUUUCUUUUCAGUGGCACUGCAUAAAUGACAUGUGUGAAUUUCAAAGACUGGUCAGCUAUAAUCAAUCCAACACCAUGACAGACUCAUGCUCAGACUGUUAUUAAAAACAAACAAAUGGCAGCUUUUGUGAAGUGGCUCUCAUCCGGACAAUAUUCAAUUUACAGGCAGAACAAAUAUUUAGUGGCAUUGAUUUUAAGCAAAAUAUGUGCAGGUACUGAACAUGCUUUUAUUUGAAUACAAGCCUAAAAUUAUUACGCCACAGUGAAAGUAUUGUCGUCUGCUCUCUCUUAAUUAAACCACUGUAGUCUGGCCUUCUAUUUGUGACAGUAAAAAAUGCUCAGACUCUUAACAUGUAUUGUAAGUAAAAGAGUUUUUAUGUAAAAUUGUUUUGUAAAUUCAGCUGCCAAUGUAAAAAAAAAAUAUUGUGAAUUGUAUUUUUUUGUAUCAUACAUCACUACUGUUUUUCUUCUUUUUUGUACUGUAUAUAAAAAGCACUUUAUUUUAAUUUUUCAAAUAAAGAUCAAAUGGAUAAUUUUC